GUGAAGUCGAGCACUAUCUAUAGACAGGCACCACUUAGCUUCACCACAUCUCUAUCGUGGCUGCACUGCCUUCAGCAAUGGCGCAAGUCGUUCUCAAGCCGUACGGUACGAGUCGCAUGGGCGUCAAGGAGUGGCAAGUGGCCGAGUCGACGUCUCUCGCGCUCAUCACCGAUGGCGUAUACACCGCCGCCAUGUUCAACACGAGUUUGGAAGAGCUCAACGUCGAGUCCAAAGCGUACAUGAUCCAUGGCACCCAGCUCAUGCGGAAGCAGGUGCACUACCCAAUGUGCGCGGCCACGGUGCUUUGCUUUGCCGGCAUCGCGCUCGGGUCGUCCUUGUCGCUCACAUCAGCGAGCGACGAGGAAAGCGGCUACAGCCCCAUGGAUGGGAUGGCGCCGAUGGUCGCCCCGAUUCUCGGCAUGGUGCUCUGGACGGUCGCGAUCUGCUUCUUCAUGCGGCAUGCACGCAAGCUCACGCGGCAGCUCAAGGAGCGCUUUGACUCGUUUCUCGCCCGCAUCAACGCCCGCGAUAGCUCGUACGGCGUCCAGUGGCAGUACCGCGAGAUCUACCAUCAGGGAGCAGGCGACGACAAUGGCUACACCGAGUACGAGAUCGUCGUCAAGCGGGACGUCGUCGUGCCCUUUGCACUCGCCGUCAAAGUAGUCUCGUAGUCUUCUCAUUGCUGUUGAAGUGGCUUCUUCAUCAAGCUAGAUAAAACGUCGCUACAUAAAAUGGUUAAGCUUUUCUGUGGGCACGCGGUUGAGA